AUGUUACACCUGGGAGAUACCGGAGCAGCAGCAGACAGUUUCCCGAGCAGUUCAUUUAGCAGCCAGAUUACGAGUUUCGGACUUUGGUCCGAUACAAUUAGUUAUGGACUUCGAUCCGAUGCAAUCAAUUCUGGACUUCGGUUCGAUGCAGCUAGUUCUGGACACCGAUCCGGUGUAGGGGACAAGGUCCCAGUCAGUUCCGGACUACGGUCCGAUGCAGUUUUCGGACUUCGGUUCGAUGCAGUGGGCAAGGCCCAGUAUGUGAUUUAUAUGUAUUGUAUGGUAUGUGGUAGUUUGGGGGAGCUCACUAAGCUUUGUGGUUACAGUUUCAGUUUUGGUUUCAGGUUCAACCAGAGCAAUGAGUCGGCGGCGUUGCUUGGGAUCAACGGUGUUGGAUGGAUCAAAUCUUGGCUACUAGAGGCGGCAAAGGAAUCGCUGAGACGACUGAAUAUGAGGAGAAAGAAGAAGACCAUGGAUACGAGGUCUAGAAAGCGUAUAAAAUCGGAAUAUGACUGGAUGAGAAACCAGGUGGGGGAAGAUAAGGUAGAACCUAUGGGGAAGGCAUGGGAAUGA